GGUCACGUGACGCACAGUCGAGCGAUGUCCUAGAAAGUUUCAAGUCUCGCGCGACUUUGCGAGAACACGACUAUUUAGAGAUGCUGCAUCCGUUAUUCAAAUUGAACUGAAAACGCACCUUGGUCGUUCCUCGACAGAAAGCUCUCCUCAGUGACCCAAUGGCACGCAGGAAGUCCAAGAGGAAGCCGCCCCCCAAGAAAAAGAUGACGGGAAACCUGGACACUCAGUUCACCUGUCCGUUCUGCAACCACGAGAAAUCCUGUGAUGUCAAAAUGGAACGAACCCGCAACACGGGGAUCAUUUCCUGCAGCGUCUGUCUGGAGGAGUUCCAGACGCCCAUCACCUAUCUGUCGGAACCAGUGGACGUUUACAGUGACUGGAUUGAUGCUUGUGAAGCAGCCAAUCAGUAGUUAAGCUGACCCAGUUAGCAUCUGUAGCCCUGUUGGUUUUUCUUUAGUGUAUAAAGAUCUCACCUUGUUAUUUUGGUGCAGUUUGUAGUUCUUAUUGGCGGUCGAGUGUUUCAGCAGCAGCAGCCUUCCUGCAUCACAGCCCUCAAUGUAAAUCUGAUUAUACGAUUUCCCUUCAAAAGAUUUGUUUUAUUGUGGCCAACUCCUUUGAUUCAGUCGAUGACGUGUGACAUGAAACUACCUAAACUUUGGAAUCUAUAUGAGAAGUAGCACCUUUGUGUUUUUGUAAUGUUGAGUUCAUCAGUCCUCAAAGUGGUCUUUGUUUAGUUCUAAAACAAAAAUGUUUUUUUUCUAUUUAGACUGCUGGAGUUUUCUCCAAAGAAAACACCAUCAUAAAACUACUCUGCUUUAUUUUAUGUCCUGACACAAAAAUAAAAACACAAAACCAUU